CAAUGAUUGAUGACGCCCAUAGAGAUGGUAGAUGCUGAUAUUGGUUCCCCUGCGUUUCUCCUAUUGCAUCAUCACUUGGAGUCGAUUCUUAACAGAUGCCACAUCUUGCAAAAACUUAUGCAGCUGUCAAUUCACUUAUUACUAUCGGUGGUCAUGAAGCUUUGUCUUCAAUCAAUAGAAGUACAUUAUACAUGUUUCUGUAGCGGAUGAAACAGCCAAGUGGGGGUUUCAGGAUGCAUGAUGGUGGAGAAAUUGAUGUUCGGGCCUGCUAUACUGCCAUUUCAGUUGCAAGUAUUUUGAACAUUUUGGAUGAUGAACUAGUUCAGAAUGUUGGAAAUUACAUAUUAAGCUGUCAGACUUACGAAGGUGGCAUUGGUGGAGAACCUAACUCUGAAGCUCAUGGUGGGUACACCUUUUGUGGGUUGGCUACAAUGAUUUUGAUCAAUGAGGUCCAUCAUUUGGACUUGUCUCGUUUAAUUGAUUGGCUGGUAUUUCGUCAAGGAAGGGAGUGUGGAUUUCAAGGGAGAACCAAUAAAUUGGUUGAUGGAUGCUAUUCCUUUUGGCAGGGAGGUUCUUUUGCAUUAUUACGAAGAGUCGGUUCAUUUAUUGAUGAACAACUGGUGAGGCCAGAUGAUGUUGGACGUUGCAGCACUUCCACAGUAUCUGAUAUACCUGAACAGGGAGGUAGGCCAAUUUAGCAGAGUAUAAGUUAUGGUACCUGUACUUGAGCUU